AUGCACCAAAAAAAUAUUAGUCGAGGUUCCUCUUAUUUAUCAACUGCAACUGGAAAGAAACGUUCCCGUUCAUCAAGGUCGGUAAAAGGGAAGGGAAUAGCAAUUCAGGGAUCUCAUUUGCGUGAUUCUGUUGAGAAUCAAGAAGUAAAAACUACAUUUAUAGAAGAUUAUGAAAAGUUUGAAGAAGAUGUUGGUGAGCGGGAAGAUAUAAUGUCUGAAGGAAAAUCUAGCUCACCUAGUCCUCCAGUUAUCCCUCCUAGCAAGAAAAAAAAGACCUCUGUUGUUUGGGAGUGUUUUCCUGAAGACAUGAUUAUAACGAUAGGGGAUGUACGAUUUGUUGUAUGUAAGUUCUGUAAUAAAAGGUUAAAACUACAGAAAAUACAUUCAACAACAUACCUUUGUCCUCAUAUGGGACAAUGUGUCGAGCGAAAAAAGGCAAUGGGGAAACAGAGUUCUUCGAAGGGACAAAUGUUGUUGAACUUUCAACCAAUAGAAGAAAAUUGCCCAGGUCUCCUCACUCCACCCAUUGUGAGAUCGAACGCAAAGUAUAAUCACGAUAUGAUCCGUGAGGCAUUAGCUCACAUGAUUCUGAUUGAUGAAUUGCCAUUCUCCUUUGAUGAACAUAUUAGCUUCAAUUAUUUUUGUAGUAUUCUACAACCAUUAUAUGAGAGAAUAGGCAGAAAACAAGUAAAAUCUGACUGUGAUCGAGUUGUACAAGCUGAAGCCAAACAAUUGAAGAAAUUUUUUAAAGAGUUAAGAAAGAUAAGUGUGACAACUGAUUUAUGGAAGUCAGAUGCACAAAACAUUGAAUAUAUGGUUAUAACUGCACAUUGGGUGGAUCAAGAAUGGACAUUAAAUAAACGCAUAAUCAACUUUGUCCAUGUGCCUCCUCCAAGAAAUGGGGAAACUAUUGCGCAGGCUUUGUACAAUUGCUUCGAAGAUUGGGGUAUUCAGAAUAAGGUGUUCACUAUCACUGUAGACAAUGCAUCAAUGAAUGACAAGUGUAUCAAAUCAUUGAAGAAAGAUUUUAAGAUGGAUAGAUCUCUAGUUUCUGGAGGAAAUUUAUUUCACAUUAGAUGCACGGCUCAUAUCAUCAAUCUUCUUGUUCAAGAUGGUAUUAAUGAAAUUAAGGAUAUUAUUGAUAAAGUAAGGGACAAUGUGAAAUAUGUGCGUGCAAGUGAGGUUAGACAACGAGACUUUGCAAGCAUUGCUAAAAUUUGUAGGAUUAAAGAAAGGAAAUUGGUCUUGGAUUGUCCCACUAGAUGGAAUAGCACAUAUAAUAUGUUGAAUGUGGCAUUGAUUUUUCGAGAAGUAUGGCCGCGAUACGGAGCUAAAGAUGGAAACUAUUUGCAGUAUUUACCAAAUGAGAUUGAAUGGAAAAAAUUGGCUAGAGUUUGUGACUUUUUGAGAGUUUUUAAUAAUGAUAAAGAAUUUGAUCCUGUUGUGGCCUCAAUGGUUAGAUCGAUGAUAGUAAAGUUUGACAAAUAUUGGGGAGAGGUUAACCUACUCAUGGCAGUCGCAAUCGUUAUGGAUCCAAGGUAUAAAUUAGAGUUUAUAAAGUUUGUUUAUCCCGUUUUAUAUGGAGAAUAUGAUGCGGAGAUUGAGCUUGACAACCUACGCCAUACAUUGGAAGAGUUAUAUCAUGAGUAUGUGGAACUUUUAUCAACAGACAACCCAUCCCUCGCCCCUAUAUCACAGAUGGAAUCAUCUACCUCAUAUGAUUCUGAUAUUGUGUUGCAAUGGCAAGCACACCGUAAGAAAAGUCAAGCUAAAGCCGUCGAAAAGUCAGAGUUGACAAUGUACCUCGAAUCCGAUGUCUUUGAGUUUGAGACAUCAGAGGGUGCAAAGACAAAAAAAUUUAAUGUACUUCAUUGGUGGUCUGUUAAUCAAACCAAGUUUCCAAUCUUGUCACGUAUGGCGGCUGAGAUUCUUGCAGUUUCGAUCUCUACUGUUGCUUCAGAAAAUGCUUUUAGUGCUGGGGGUAGAGUGAUUGACUCGUAUAGGGCAUCUCUAGCACCAAAAACUGUAAGUAUGCUUAUGUGUGGAGGUGAUUGGAUUCGAGCCAAACAUCGAGUGAAAAAAUCAAUACAGAUAUAA